GCCAUAUGAGUUUGAGGCAAAUCUUUCUCAUGUUACAGAAGGGAAUGAAGAGGGGGAUGCGUUUGAAAUGCUCUUCAAGCAACUUGAAGAAGAUCUCAAAAACGAUGAUUUAUCCAUGGACGAUAUUGGCGAUGAAAUAUCGAAAGAGGAUAUGGCUUUAUUAGAACGUGAGUUGGAAGGUGCGUUAGAUGAUUUUGAUGGUGAAUUGUUGAACUCAGAUACUGUCGAAACACCGGCUGUUAACGAGGCUGAAAAAAUCAGCAAGGAUGGAAAUGAUGGCCCGUUGAACCUUAGAACUUGGCAAUUGAAUAAAUUGGCUAGAGCCUUGAAAACCGGUCGCCGCAAAACCGAGUGUAAGAGUUUAAUUUUGAUAUAUUGUUUGUUUAGGGUUUUGAAAUAACU